AUGUUUCUCAGAUCUGCUAGAUAUGCCUUUUCAUCAUUCCCUUCACCUUUAGUUUCAGUGCAAUAUCUGAAAUAAAAUCUCAAUAAAGUCAAAGUCUUAGAUUGUUCAUGGUACCUUCCCCAAAUGAAUCGUAAUGCAGAAUAAGAAUAUAAAAAAUCACACAUUCCUGGAGCAAUUCGUUUUGAUAUUGAUGCAAACAGCCUCUAAGAAACAACUUUGCCACAUAUGCUUCCAAAAACGGAAGACUUCGAAAGAUCCGUAUCUGAUAUGGGAAUUAGUAAUAGCGAUCAAAUAGUAGUUUAUGACGGGAUGAAUAUCUUUUCGUCUGCAAGAGUCUAUUGGUAAUUCAAAUACUUUGGACAUAAAGAUAUAGCUGUUCUAGAUGGUGGUUUCCCAGCUUGGGUUAGGGAAAAUUGUGCAGUCUCUGAUGCUCCACCAUUAAUCAGGGAGGCCAAAUACAAAGCUACUCCUUAACCUCAUAUGUUGAGAGACCUCAAUUUCAUUCUUAAAAAUAUAGAGAAUUAAAAUAAAGGAAAGAAAGGAGAUUAGGUUUUGGAUGCUAGACCAGCUCCAAGAUUUAAUGGAGAAGUGCCUGAACCUAGACCAGGAUUGUCUAGUGGUCAUAUGCCAUAUUCAACUUCAUUGCCUUUCAGCCAAUUAAUUGAUUAAAAAACUGGAUUGAUGAAGACUUCUGAGGAAAUUAAAGAGAUACUCAACAGUCUCAAUGUUGAUACGAAUAAAAACAUAGUGUGUUCAUGUGGAUCAGGUGUAACAGCAUCAGUGAUUUAUCUUGCUUUACAAAGAAUAGGGUUGAAAAAUAUCUCAUUAUAUGAUGGAAGUUGGAGUGAGUAUGCUGCUGCCAAGGAUGUAGAGAUCAAAAAGAAAUGA